UACACAACAGUAAAAAAGAGGAGAAUAUAAAAAGAGAAAGCCAAAAUGUGCACAUAAGCGCCAUCAUUACAAUCAUCACUUACAAACCCACAAACAUAGUCUAUAUUCCAAACAAUUCUUCCUUUACUUCGUUUUCAACCUUCUUCUUCUUCUUCCUCACCUUUUUGCUCCUUCUCUUAACUCUCUCCCUCACCACACACACCCUCUUUUCUUUCUUAAAUCUUCUCCUUUGUCUCUAACAACCGCACAUACUCUUCCACUAUUAUAUAUACUUUUACUUGCAUCAUUAGCCCACACAACAAACAUUUUCCCUUUUUACUUCUAUACACCAUUUACCAUCUUUCAUCAUAUCUUCCUUUCUCUUUCAUUCAUUCAAAGGAACAACUGCUAUAACCGGGGAGCUACAUUGCCGAGCAGCUGCUAGAGAAGAAGCUGAACAGUAAAAUCAAAUAUGCAAAGAAGUGUGUUUUACUGUGCAAUAUCUCUCCUGCUGUGUCAAUUACUCUGUUCAGGUUCAAGUAGGACAGUGAAGGAAGUACCUGGACAUGUGAAUGUACUAGGACAUGACCAAGGGAAACAAGAAUUCACUGUCUCAAUUUCUACAGUUCAGAGGGAUAUUACCACUCCCAUUCCUACCAUUCCCAACUUAAUUCCCACCACCCCCACCAUUUCAACAUCUCCAUUCCUCAAUCCCAAUUCAAAUCCAGACACUGUCUCUCCACCCUCCACAUUCCCUUUUACCACGCCAACCACCGUGAAUUCCCCGUUGUCUUCAGGUGCAAGCUGGUGCAUUGCUAGCCCAACUGCCUCACAAACUACCUUGCAAGUUGCAUUGGACUAUGCCUGUGGCUAUGGUGGUGCUGAUUGCUCUGCAAUUCAACCUGGUGGAAGCUGCUACAACCCAAAUUCCAUCAGAGACCAUGCUUCUUAUGCCUUCAAUAAGUACUAUCAAAAGAAUCCUGUUCCAAAUAGCUGCAAUUUUGGUGGAACUGCUGUCAUCAUUAGCACUAACCCAAGUACUGGGGCAUGUCAAUAUCCAUUUACUAGCACUAGUACAUCAGUGUUGAACACAACAAACUCAAACGGAGCAAACGUGUUUGGUUCAGUGCCAGUGCCCACAAACCCCUCUACCUCUGCUGCAUCAUCUGACACAUUAAAUAGCUUUGCAGAUAUUUGUGUCAUUCUGUGGAUAGUUUCAUCUUUGGAAAGAAAUUAUCUCUAAAAUGACUGGGAGUUGGAUCUACUGCUGCUCUGAGCAAACAAAUUUUGCCCUUUUACAGGCUUUUUGGGAGACACAAAAAGCAAAUAGUAGCUGCAUGACCAUCAACAGCACAUAAAUGGUAGAAAAACAUGGUACAGAGAAAAGGCAACUUAAGAUGAUGGACAUUUGUAGAGAGAUAUACAUUAGUUGCUGUACAUACUUUUUUUAUUUAACUUUCUGUGUUGUUCACAUUUCUCUGUUGAACUGUUAGAAUUAAAAAAAAAAAAAAAAAAACAUCUUUGAGCUGCCUUAUCUGUUUAAUCUUAUAGAUUAGGGUCAGAUUUUGCUGUCAAAAACUCAAAAGUCUUAUCUACACAGUGACUCAGUCAAAGACAAACAUUUUUCUGGUAUGUUU